AUGACAACAGUGACGCUUAACAUGUAUGAUCUAAGUCGGGGCAUGGCCCAGCAACUCUCACCUGCUCUAUUGGGCAAGACCAUUGACGGUGUCUGGCACACGGGUGUGCUCGUGUUUGGUCAGGAAUAUUUCUUUGGCGGUGGCGGGAUCCAGGCCAUGGCGCCAGAGCUGGUCGUACAACGUUACGGCAUGCAGCCUGUACGCACGAUUCCUCUGGGCGAGACGAAUCUAUCGCAGCAGCAGCUCGAGCAGUUCUUGAGGGAGAACAGCUCGCGCUUCACGGACGCCACGUACGACCUAUUGCGUCAUAAUUGCAACAAUUUCACAAACGAAGUGGCCAAAUUCCUCGUCGGAUCAGGCAUUCCCCAGUAUAUUAUCGACCUACCAAACGAGGUGCUUAACUCGCCAUUUGGUGCAAUGUUGAGACCUAUGCUGGAGAAUAUGAACAACCAGAUGCACGCAGCACCAGGUGAUCAGCUCUUUUCCAUUCCGUUCAAUGAUCCAUCACGUGCUACUCUUGCUGCACCAGUAGCAGCAACGACACCUGCUUCAGUAUCAAGUAACACGUCGUCAAUGGCUUUGGCGUCACGUCGCUUUAAAAUCUCGGGAACACCAAGUCUUUACUUGAACAAGAUGGUGCAACGCAUCAAGACGCUCAACACGGAGCAACUGUUGUCACGAGACGAGAUCUCGGCACUUGAUGCAUUGUCGCUAGAUGUGACAGCAGACAGGAAAGAAUUUGACUCGACCAAGAGCAAAGAAUGGUGGACUAUUGUCAACAAAUUGGUGGGUCUAGGACACGAGUCGACAUUCUUCUUCCCAGCAUUGGGUUUAUUUCGUGUACUGCUUCUACAGCCGACGACAGUGUCCGAAGCAGUAGCAGAAAAGAAAGCAUGUUUUGAGGCUGUUGUCUGCGUCGCAGAAAUUGAGCCUUUACCACUGACAUGUGCUCAGAAGAUUCUACUCUUAGCAGUACUGCUCAACGCGUUCGCCAAUUUGGAAUUCAGCGACCUGGCACUCUCUAGUUCGACACGAUUUCUGCCUUUUGUGUUUGCCACAAUUGCCGACGUGUCGACUAGUCCCGAUGUGCGUGUGCUAAGCUCAAAUGUCAUAAGCAAUUGCUGCUUGGCGAUGAAAGUCGGUGAAGAGGUUGUGGUCACUGCACUCGUCUGUGGCGCUGUUGAAACGCUCGAUCGGAUUUCCAGACACCAUUCCUGUUCCAUCCAGCAACAAACGAUUGAAGGCAUAAUCGUCGGUCUUGGUCGUUUACUGCACAGCUUUAAAGUUGCACGCAGUCUUUCGAUUGAUUUGGGUCUAGCAGAGGUCCUACGUCGUUUAAAUGUGGCACCAGGACUUGAUGCUAUCCAAGCACUCGUGACGGAAGUCGUAGCACUGAUUUAA